CGCGCUUUGCUUGCUGAGAGGGCGCGUGCAUGACUCAUCAAAAAACUUAAAGACUUAUAAAGGGAGCGUGGCGAGAUCUUCUGUGCAUUGCAUUUCAGGAGCAGCUCACGCAUUGUCCGAAACACUCAGCCUUCACUACCCACUCUAUUCUACACGAUGGCUCCCUACACCCUGACAUACUUUCCAAUCAAAGGCAGAUGUGGUGCCUUGAAGAUGAUUCUGGCAGACAAUGAGCAGCAGUUGAAGGAGAAACUGGUGACCAAAGAGGAGUGGAUGAAGAGUGAUACGAAAGGCAGCUAUCUCUUUGGACAGUUGCCUAAAUUUGAAGAUGGUGACCUGGUCCUGUAUCAGUCCAAUGCCAUUUUAAGGCAUAUAGGUCGCAAACAUGGUGCAUAUGGAAAAAACGACUGUGAGGCUUCUCUUAUUGACAUGAUGAACGAUGCAGUUGAAGAUCUUCGCAUGAAAUACAUCAAACUGAUCUACCAGGAAUAUGAGACUGGUAAGGAAGCGUACUGCAAAGAUCUGCCCAACCACCUCAAACCAUUUGAAUCUAUUCUGUCCAAAAGCAAAUCUGGAUUCUUAGUUGGUGAUCAGAUCUCAUUUGCGGACUACAACCUGUUCGACCUUCUUCUGAAUAAUAAAGUCCUUUGCUCUACCUUUCUGGACUCCUUCCCAACUCUCAAGAGCUAUGUGGAUAAGAUUGCUGCCCGUCCCAAAAUCAAAGCCCUCCUGGAGUGUGAAAACUUCAAGAAGCUUCCCAUCAAUGGCAAUGGCAAGCAGUAAUUCAGUAGAACAUUCACUUGCUGCAUUCCCUUACAGACAGUGGCACUUGCUGUUAAAAGACCUUAACUGGUGCUCUGUGGUUAGCAAAACAUCUCAGGUCUUUGUAUGAAUAUCUGUUUUGUAUGUUUAACUGUUUUUGAUAGUUUUUAUUAACCGAAAUCCAUGUAUCAGUUAUUAUGAAUAAUAAUAAUAAAAAAAUUAAACAUGCA